AUGGCAGUUUUACGAAGCCAUGGCUUGUUGCACAUCGAAAAGAGCCCAUCUUGCGAAGACAUGGAUUACAUUCGCGACUAUGCACCAAUUCGAGACCUAGACCGGUCGUUCCAUGUCGAAACGUUCUCGCCAUUCAAUUACAGCACAAGCGAAUAUACCAUACACCCCAGCGAAGGCAACGUCAGUGACAAGUGGAUGGCCCUUGGCCAAGAUUCGGGUCAUUUCUUGAUUCCAGUUUCCGAGGGUCACAAAUAUGACCUCGACAUAAAACGUCAUGUCACAGUUCCAGAGGGUGUGGCCGAACAGGAGUCCUUUCUGGUCUCGCUAGAUGUCAUGCAUCAUAUCCACUGUCUUGACACACUACGCGAGAACCUCUGGUACAACCGCGACUGGUACUCCACCCAUCAAGAGCAACAUCCCAAGCUCUCAGUUCACAAGGCCCACACAAACCACUGCCUUGACGCUCUCCGAGCACGGCUGAUGUGCCUCUCGGACGUAACAUUCCUGCCGAUGGUAUACAUCGACAGAGAAGGCUGGACACUACCAGACUUUGAGAGACGCCACAAGUGCCACAACUUUGACGCAACCCGGGAGUGGGCGUACAAGCACAGAUUGUCCGAUACUGCUGCCAAUUACAAAAAAGUAGCUGGGCCGGAGAAGAUCCUUACUACUUUCCCUGGAUUCUACGACAUUUACCCAGAGCUUAACAAUACAGAUCAUAAGGAUCCAGGCCAUGAGCAUUCAGAGAAUGAGGGGCAUGUUCAUUGA